AUGGCAUCCGGCUUUCCGGGAAAGCGUCCUUCUGCGUCCCUUGAUUACCCUCAUAGCAAACGACCAACGCGCCCCUACCAUCGUCACCAUCGCCUGCAGGACCCGGUGAUUCUCCCGGCGUCCGAACCUGCGGUACAGGAUGAUGCCAACAUCGACCAUCUGAUGAAUCGCUCAAUCGGGCAGCUAUUACAACACUCUGGAUUUCACCAUGCGGAGCCAGUGGCACUGUCGAGCUUACGCGGGGCGACCGAGGAGUACCUACUUCGCCUGUCCACCUACGUCCGCCAGUCGAUGCUGUCCUCGCGUCGUAUCCAGCCGAUCCCCCAAGAUUUCGAGUACGCUCUGAAGCGUUGCCGCCUGAGCACCGAUGACCUUCGCUCCUGCCUCGAGUCUUUCCCCCAUCCGGCACCGGUACCGACUCUACCACCCUCCCCGCCCCCGGAUGAUGACGCCUUACGCAAACUCCCCUUCUUGAAAUCUCUGAGCGGCGAAGAGGAACGCGUCAAUCGCCCCUACAUCCCGAAACAUUUCCCCAGCUUCCCGAGUAAGCACACCUAUUCGGCCACGGCCGUCUUCACGGAACGAGACAGUGACCCCCGCAAGAUCCGCGAGCGCGCCGCAGAAGAUGGGCGACACGGCGAGGAAGCUUUGCGGAAAUUGGCUAGUGCCGCGUUCCGUGACAACCAGACGGCCUCGGCGGGCCGGGAUAAGAAGCUUUGGGGUCGGAGAAUGGAGAGCAUGGAAAGCAUGUUUGAGAAGACGGCCAAGGGGCUGGCUAAGAAGCUCCAAAAAGAUCCUCUCGCCACCGGCGCUCCCGCGAGCACCGCCAUGGAGAUCGACUCGGGGCCACUCGCCGAAAUGGAUACCAAGGGUCGGUCUAAGGUGUCAUUGAACCUCGAGCUGGGCCCAAUUGUGAACUGUGAGCGAGACUUAUGGCGACGGGCGACGACGAUGAGCGAUGAGCGAGCCGAGAAGCACUCCAAGCCCCCUGCGAGCACCGAGCCGAUCGAUCGCGGAAUGCGCACUUGA